GGGCCGGAAGCUCCCGCGAGCGGCCCCGUUUGGAUGUGCCCGCCGCUCCAGGGCCCGGCGGACCGCGCAGGGAGCAGCUCCAGGUGCCCGUGCCGGCGCGCAUCCUGCAGCAGGGAGCACGAUGAGACGCGUGUCCUGGAUGCGCUCGGUGCGGGGCUGCAGCCCCCAGCCCCGGCGCUGCCCCUCCUCCAGCUCCUCGGCCAGCCGCCCGCAGCCGCAGGAGCCCAGCCAGGAGCCRGCCACGAACCAGCGGCGCAUGAACCCCCUCAACAUCCAGAUGCUCUCCAGGAGCCUCCACGAGCAGAUCUUCCGGGGCGCCCGGGUGCGCUACUCGGCGGAGGAGGUCCGGCGCAGCGUGGAGCACCUGCGGCGCCACGACCUGUGGGGCAAGGAGACCUCCACRCUGCCCGACGUGGAGCUGCAGCUGCCCCGCAUGUACGGCGACAACAUCGACGAGCACUUUCGCCUGCUGGCCCAGAAGCAGAGCUUGCCCUACCUGGAGGCUGCCAACGAGCUGCUGCGCUGCCAGCUGCCCCCGCUGCCCGAGCAGUGGGCGUGGAGGCUGGGCUGGACCCGCUACGGCCCCGACGGGCGAGCGGAGCCCGUGGAGUUCCCCGAGGAGCGGGCGCUGGUGUUCGACGUGGAGGUGUGCGUGGCUGAUGGCCACUGCCCCACGCUGGCCGUGGCGGUCUCGCCGCACGCCUGGUACUCGUGGUGCAGCAGGCGGCUGCUGGAGCAGCGUUACUCCUGGUCCAGCCACCUGACCCUGGCUGAUCUCAUUCCCAUGGAGAGCCCAGCGGGUGCCAGCUGUGCUGGCAAACAGGACUGGAAGGAGAGAGUGGUGGUGGGACACAACGUGGCCUUCGACCGGGCUUUCAUCAAGGAGCAGUACCUUAUCCAGGGCUCCCAGAUGCGUUUCCUGGACACCAUGAGCAUGCACAUGGCCAUCUCGGGGCUGACGGGCUUCCAGCGCAGCCUGUGGAUGGCUGCCAAGCACGGCAAGAGGAAAGGGCUGCAGCAGGUCAAGGAGCACCUGAGGAAAACGCGCRGCAAGACAGAGGGGCCGGCGAUGACCUCGUGGGACUGGGUGCACGUCAGCAGCAUCAACAACCUGGCCGAYGUGCACGCGCUCUACGUCGGGGGAGAGCCGCUGGAGAAGGAGGCGCGGGAUGUCUUUGUCAAGGGCACCAUGGCUGACAUCAGGAGCCACUUUCAGGACCUGAUGUCGUACUGUGCCCGUGAUGUCCAGGCCACYCACGAGGUGUUUCAAGAGCAGCUGCCGCUGUUCAUGGAGAGGUGCCCCCACCCUGUGACGCUGGCAGGGAUGCUGGAGAUGGGAGUGUCCUACCUGCCGGUCAAUGGGAAUUGGAAGAGGUACCUGGAUGAUGCWCAGGGUAUUUAUGAGGAGCUGCAGAAGGAGAUGAAGAAGUCCCUGAUGAACCUGGCCAACGAUGCCUGCCAGCUGCUGCACGAGCACAGGUACAAGGACGACCCUUGGCUCUGGGAUCUCGAGUGGGACACGCAGGAGUUUAAGCAAAAGAAGAAUCCGGGGAAGAAGAAGAAAGGUCAGGAUGGGAACGGCCAGGUGUCCCCAGUUGGAGCAGUGGAUGUGGAGGAGUCAGCRCAGGAGUGGCAGGAGGACCCUGGUCCCCCCAGUGAGGAGGAGGAGCUCAGAGCCCCUGCGAGUCAGCUCUGUCUGGAGCGCCUGAAGGAGACGGUCGCGCUGCAACCCAAGAGACUCCAGCACCUGCCAGCCCACCCGAGCUGGUACCGCAAGCUGUGCCCACGGCUGGAGGAGGAGGGCUGGGUGCCUGGCCCCAGCCUCAUCAGCCUGCAGAUGAGGGUGACCCCAAAGCUGAUGCGCCUGGCCUGGGAUGGAUUCCCUCUCCAUUACUCUGAGAAACAUGGCUGGGGAUACCUGGUGCCAGGACGGCAGGACAAUUUGCCAGCAGCCCCUGGGGAUGCCGAUGGCCCCUCUUGCCCACACAGGGUGAUCGAGCACCUGUACAGGCAGCACUGCCUGGAGAAGGGCAAGGAGCAGCCCCCAGGGCUGGAGGCGGCUGUAGAGGAUGAGCUGCUGGUGAUGGACAGCAGCACCAUGUGGCACAAGGUGGAGGAGCUGAGCCGGAUUGAGGUGGAUCCAGAGGAGAAAAUGAGCAGAGCAGACCAGAGCCUGAUGCUGGAGGAGAUGGAAGAGCUGARCAGCAGGGCAGAGAUGAGGAGCCAGCCCUCAUACCACCAUGGCAAUGGUCCCUACAACGAUGUCAACAUCCCUGGCUGCUGGUUCUUCAAGCUGCCUCACAAGGAUGGGAACGACAACAACGUGGGAAGCCCUUUUGCCAAGGAUUUCCUGCCCCAGAUGGAGGAUGGCACCCUGCGGGCUGCUGUGGGCCGCACCCACGGGACCAGAGCCCUGGAGAUCAACAAAAUGAUCUCGUUUUGGAGGAACGCUCACAAGCGCAUCAGUUCCCAGAUGGUGGUGUGGCUGAAGAAAGGGGAGCUGCCUCGCGUGGUGACCAGGCACCCUGACUAUAACGAGGAGGACAUUUACGGGGCCAUCCUGCCGCAGGUGGUGACSGCGGGCACUGUCACCCGCCGGGCGGUGGAGCCCACCUGGCUGACRGCCAGCAACGCCCGGGCCGACAGGGUGGGCAGUGAGCUGAAGGCCAUGGUGCAGGUGCCACCAGGCUACUCUCUGGUGGGAGCAGACGUGGAUUCUCAGGAGCUCUGGAUCGCCGCCGUGCUGGGCGAGGCRCAGUUCGCCGGCAUGCACGGCUGCACCGCCUUCGGCUGGAUGACUCUGCAGGGCAAGAAGAGCAACGCCACGGACCUGCACAGCAAGACAGCCGCYACCGUGGGCAUCAGCCGCGAGCACGCCAAGAUUUUCAACUAUGGGCGCAUUUACGGGGCGGGGCAGCCCUUUGCUGAGCGGCUCCUGAUGCAGUUCAACCACCGGCUGACGCAGCAGCAGGCACGAGAGAAGGCCCAGCAGAUGUACGCCGUCACCAAGGGCAUCCGCAGGUUUCAUCUCUCCGAGGAGGGGGAAUGGCUGGUGACGCAGCUGGGGCUGGCUGUGGACAGGGCGGAGGAUGGAUCGGUGUCRGCUCAGGAUGUCCAGCGGCUCCAGAGAGAAGCUGUGAAAAAGUCCCGGAAGGGGAAGAAGUGGAAUCUGGUGGAGCACCGAGUGUGGGCUGGAGGCACUGAAUCUGAGAUGUUCAACAAGCUGGAAAGCAUCGCCUUAUCCCCCUCCCCACAGACCCCAGUGCUGGGCUGUCACAUCAGCAGGGCCCUGGAACCCGCCAUGGUCAAGGGGGAGUUUGUGACCAGCAGAGUGAACUGGGUGGUGCAGAGCUCAGCUGUGGACUACCUGCACCUCAUGCUGGUUGCCAUGAAGUGGCUCUUUGAGGAGUUUGACAUCAACGGGCGCUUCUGCAUCAGCAUCCACGACGAGGURCGCUACCUGGUCCAGCAGCAGGACCGCUACCGGGCAGCCCUGGCCCUGCAGAUCACCAACCUGCUCACAAGGUGCAUGUUUGCCUACAAACUGGGCCUCCAGGAUCUGCCACAGUCAGUGGCUUUCUUCAGUGCAGUGGACAUUGACCAGUGUUUGAGGAAAGAGGUGACCAUGAACUGUGUGACACCGUCAAACCCCACGGGGAUGGAGAAAUAUGGCAUCCCUCAAGGGGAAGCUCUGGAUAUCUAUCAGAUAAUUGAAAUAACCAAAGGUUCGCUGGAGAAGAAAUGACGACACCAGAGUGCCAGGACAACUGUCCAGACCGUGUAACAAAGCCUCAGUGUCCUUUCAGAAGCAGAUCUUUUGGCAAGGACUGAUCCCAGUCACUCCCUUUCCCUUCUGCUGUAAGAAGGGAUGCUCCUGGGGAAGAUGUUUCUAGCAGCACAUUCGAAGAGCAGAGGCACUUGUGAUGGCAGCAGCCAGCUGCAAAACCUGAGACAGGAGCCARAAUUGCUCCUGUGGACACAAAGGAAGAAGUCCAAAGUAUUUGGCAAGAGAAGCAAUAAACCAUCAUCUCCAUAUCUGCAGCCUCUGAGACCAAGGCGAGUCCACUGUGGAACAGGCUCUGUGAGGAGGCAGCAGCAGCACCCCUGGUUUAUUUUUUUCUCUGUCUCUUCUUUUUGGGUUCCUGGUUCUCAUCCCUCUGCUCCGCUGUGCUGCUCUGGAGAGGGCAGGGAGAGARCAGCAGUGCAGUGUGAUUGUUUUUGUGUGAGUAGGCUAAGGAAUGCUUACCUAGAGCAAGAUGCAGGUGUGCAGAACGGGGGUUUAGGUCGUUUUUCCUCCCUAACAAAAUGACCUGAAUAUGGGACUCCUGUCAGCCACUGAGACUUUCCCCUUGGACUACCCCUUCCCCAAUUCAUGCUGGAAUUUAUACCACAGGCUACCAGUGGCACAGAACAGGGACUCUGUCCUGGGUUUUUUUAGGCUUGUUGAAGCACUCAGGAAAAUAUGGACAGAAGCACCAAUAAAAACCUGGACAAUCA